AUAUUUUGCAAAUUUGGGGGAGAGAGACAUUGAUUUUUUUUUUUUCUUUCCGCCUGUGCUUUUCUCCACCCCCAGCCCCCUGUUGCGGCUCGUGCGGAGCGCGCCGCCCAGCCCUGUCGCCCCCCGGAGGGGAUCGCGCCCUCCCGCCGGCCCGCCAGCCUGACCCGUGCCUGGCUCGCGGGCCGCAGCCUCGGCCCCGGCGCGCCCCCGGCAGCUCGCGGCGCGAUGAGCAUAGAGACGCUCCUGGAGGCGGCCCGCUUCCUGGAAUGGCAAGCACAGCAACAACAGAGAGCACGUGAGGAGCAGGAGCGGCUUCGCUUGGAGCGGGAGCGAGAGCAGGAGCAGAAGAAAGCCAGUAGCCUGGCCAGGCUGGCCCAUGCCCUCCCCCUGGAGGAGCCCCGCGUGGAGGCACCGCCCCUGCCCCUGUCUCCGCCAGCACCCCCGCCAGCACCGCCUCCACCACUUGCCACUCCAACCCCACUCACCGUCAUUCCUAUUCCCGUGGUGACCAACUCCCCUCAGGCACUGCCCCCACCCCCGCCGCUGCCGCCCCCAGCCCAGCCUCUGCCCCUGGCCCCGCGCCAGGCAGCCUUGGUCAGCACCCCUGGAGUCAGUAUCAAGGAGCCCACCCCCCUGCCUGCCAGGCCCCAGGUGCCUGCUCCUGUGCCCCUCCUGCCCGACUCCAAGACCACCGUUCCUUCGACCAGUAGUCCCAAGCCUCUGCAGCCACUCCCCACACCCAUCCUGACCAUAGCACCACACCCUGGGGUCCAGCCUCAGCUGGGCCCCCAGCAGCCACCUGCAGCGACACUUGGGACCCUGAAAUUGGCACCAGCUGAAGAAGUGAAAUCCAGCGAACAGAAGAAGAGGCCAGGGGGGAUCGGAACCAGAGAAGUCCACAACAAAUUGGAGAAGAACAGGAGGGCCCAUCUGAAGGAAUGCUUUGAGACCCUGAAGCGCAACAUCCCCAAUGUGGACGACAAGAAAACGUCGAAUCUGAGCGUGCUCCGCACGGCGCUGCGGUACAUCCAGUCCCUGAAGCGGAAGGAGAAGGAAUAUGAACAUGAGAUGGAGCGGCUGGCCCGGGAGAAGAUCGCCACACAGCAGCGGCUGGCGGAGCUCAAGCACGAGCUGAGCCAGUGGAUGGACGUGCUGGAGAUCGACCGCGUGCUCCGGCAGACGGGCCAGCCCGAGGACGACCAGGCCUCCACUUCCACGGCCUCCGAGGGUGAGGACAACAUAGACGAGGACAUGGAGGAGGACCGGGCAGGCCUGGGCCAACCUAAGCUGAGCCAUCGUCCUCAGCCAGAGCUGCUGAAGUCUACCCUGCCACCCCCCAGCACUGCCCCUGCGCCUCUGCCGCCGCACCCCCACCCCGUGGCCCUGUCUCCUGCCCACCUCCCUGUGCAGCCGCCGCAGCAGCAACCGCCACCCCCAGCACAGCAGAAGACCCCUCUCCCUGCGCCUCCCCCUCCGCCAGCCGCCCCUGCCCCGGCCCAGACGCUGGUGCCAGCUCCAGCCCACCUCGUGGCCACAGCCGGGGGUGGCUCCACAGUCAUCGCCCACACGGCCACCACUCAUGCCUCAGUCAUCCAGACUGUGAACCACGUGCUACAGGGGCCAGGCGGCAAGCACAUCGCCCACAUCGCACCCUCGGCCCCCAGCCCUGCUGUGCAGCUGGCUCCUGCCACGCCCCCCAUCGGCCACAUCACCGUGCACCCUGCCACCCUCAACCAUGUGGCUCACCUCGGCUCCCAGCUGCCCUUGUACCCACAGCCCGUGGCCGUGAGCCAGCCCGUGGCCGUGAGCCACAUCGCCCACACCCUCUCGCACCAGCAAGUGAAUGGCACAGCUGGGCUAGGGCCCCCGGCCACCGUCAUGGCAAAGCCAGCCGUGGGGGCCCAGGUGGUGCAUCACCCCCAGCUGGUGGGCCAGACAGUGCUGAACCCAGUGACCAUGGUCACCAUGCCCUCCUUCCCGGUCAGCACGCUCAAGCUGGCUUGAGAGUGAGGCUGCUCAGAGGCCCCCAGUCGGGGCAGGGAACUGACCUGUUCUCUACUCUCCCACCCACCAGCUCCAUACAUUCCAGCCAGGCCCAGGCCCUCCCCAUCCAUGCCCACCCCCAGGCCUCCCAGGGGUAGGGGGUGCAGAGACUCUGAGCCAGGGGAAGAGAGGGGCCAGCCGGGCAGCUGGACACAGGGCAGAGGGUGACCCUGCUGCACUAGCACCUGAUGGAGUGGCAGGAUGCUGCGGGGAGCUGCCGCCUGUGUAGCUUAGUCUCAGCUCCCCUCCCUGCCACACACCUGGUGCAAGCAGACAUGGACAUGAACGGAGUGACCUGACGUCUCCCUGCCCCGCCUGCCUUCCCAUACUGUUGCUGCUGCUGCUGUCGCUAUAUGCCUGAGCCUCGGGGAUUUGCGCCCAGGCCUGCACGAGGGGAACAGGAGAAGCAGGGCCAAAGCUACCUGCUCCAGGAGUGGGGGGAGGCCUGCCUUUGGCAGGUGGCAGAUCCCAGGCAAUGUCUGAGCUGGAGUCCCACCCCCGCGGGUGGGUACGCAGAGUCCUUCCUGUAGGAGGUACUGAAAGCGGUUCUCUCCAGUCCCAGCAGUAAAGGAAGCCCAAGCUGAGAGACUUCUGACCUCAGGAGGGCGGGGUGGGGGUGGGCAGGAAGAGCUUGGCUGGUCUGCCCCGCCUCCACCCUCUCCCUGCUGCUCUGGCUCUGGCUCAGGCCCUGGGAUAGGGAAAGCGGCAGGGUGCCCUGCCCUGUGGGCACCUGCUACAGCUGAGGAGACCUGGACUGGCACCUGGUCUUGGUUUCAGCAGCCAUCUUGUACAGGCAUCAGGAAGUUAGAUCCUGGAGCUUGGCCAAAAUGUGGCACGUGUACCCUGCCCCCACCCGUCAGGCUCUGGGGCCCCAUGGAGCAGGCCCCAACCUUGGGGGUGUUGGGAGCGGCUGCUUCCACUCAGCCUCUGCCUCUGUCAUUUCUUCCCCUGAGAGUGUUCCCCUUCUCCCAUGGGCAGUUUUGAGGGUGCCCCCUCGGGUGGGGGCUGCAGAGUCCCACCCUUCCCUCUGAAAGUGGGUCCUUAGUUGGCCGAGGACAUGGCUGAGUGAGGGGUCCUGACUCGAGGAUGCUGCUUUCCCAGCCCCGGCCUAGGCAAACGUGGGUAUUUAUUACAAGUGGCCUUGUGUCAGACACACACUCAAUACACACACCUGCACACACUCAGCACCCCACUGGACACACACUCACCAGUGGCCUUUCAGGGUGGGGGAGGAAGCGAGUGACCCCAGGUGUGAAGUUAGUUCACAGGCUGGGCUGGAUUGGGUGGUGGUGCAGAGGGGAGCGGUAAGGACCCCGGGGGUCCUUGAGUCGAUUCUCCCUGCUGUCAGGAAUGCUUUUUGAUCCCCCACCUGGUCCUUGAGCCCAGCCAAGGGAUUCCUUUCCUCACCCCUCUCUCCUGGGAGUCGGGUCAGGAGCUGUACCCCAACUCCUGUGGGAUUCCCCUCCACCACCUCCAGUAAUAUCCCAGCUCUAGGACGGCUGUUCCCCUGUGACAAUGGCAAGGACAGAAGCCUGACAGCACAGUCAGGGACAGUCCAAGCAGCCUUGUCCGGGUGUCCCCCUACGUCCCUUUCCUCAUUGACCCUGAGGCCAGUUUCAGAGUUGAAGCUGUCGUGGUAGCCGGGCGCCCCUCGGGCCAGCAGAUACCUCAUCAACUCCCCACAUCCCCACCCCUUCUCCCCGCCCCCCGGUAGUGGGGGCUUCCAGAUUAGUGCCGAAUGACUAUGUCCAGAUUGGUGGUGAUGAUGGGUGUUGUUGCUGUUGUGUUGUCGUUGUUGGUGAAUGCUGUGCCGCUGUGUGCCCGAGUGGGCGGCCACCACCCAGCAGGACUGCCUGCACCUUCCCCCCUUGUCCUUCCAGCCUGGGACACACAACACACACACACACAUCUUACCUCUCAUGCGUGUUUUACCUGUUGAUGUUCAGAGUGGCUCACUGCUGGGAGUCUUUACCUUGGGGGAGGGGGAGGUUGGUUCCUUGUGGGGGCCAGAGAAGGGCAGGGAAUGCCUGGGGAGAGACGGGGGUUGCCACAGCCCCCGCUUCUCUCCAGGAACAGCUUCUUCCCCCCACCGUCCCAGGGUCCCAACCCCCCCAAAGAGGUGGCCCUUGUUUACAGUGAGGACUCGGUCACUGUGUCUCCGUUUCCUGAAAUAUAAACGUAGUGGCCCCAGACUGUAGAUUUUUAUGUGUUUGGAUACAUCUGCUGUGUGGGAAAAAACAAAAAAGACUAAAAAAAAAAAAAAACCCUAAUUUUGUACAUAUUGUAUUUUUACUAUUGAACUGUAUUCUAGUGGCUGUUCAUGCUCCAAGACUUUAGGUAUUGAGACAUGAAUACUACCCAUGUUAUAAGCACUUGCCUGGAAUAAAAUAUAAAACUGAAAUAAACCUGCACUGAAACCGA